CGUUCACCGUCAAAGCAAUCUAUUUUAUUAAUAAAUCCGGAAACCCGUAUUGUCGGUUUCUUUGUUAUUUGAAAUUUAGAAAACACAUCGAAAAACUUACUAUACAGAAUUAGCAAGCAAACGAAGUCAUGGCCGAUACACCAGACCGACCAAGCAAGGAAAAUGUAGCGGAGUCGGCUGGCAAGGAGGCCAGUCCAGAGCAGGCGGUUAAGGAGAAACCAGCAAAGGGCAAAGACAAGGAGAAAAAAGGCAAGGAAGACGAUAAAACUGGCCGCCAAUCGGGUGCAACGCCAGCUGCCCUAGCUGCACAAACUAAGCCAGCGGUGGCACGUUAUGCGCCCACGUAUCGCCUCGAACCAAAGAAUCCUUUGAGGCAGGAACGCCUGGAGUUAAUCGUUAAGGCCGAAAUGAAUAAAAACUAUGGCGCGGAUUAUAGCUUCCAUCCGAAGUACUCUUUGCAUAUGGCUGCUCAAGUUGCCGAGGAUAUCAAGUCUCGCAUCAAAUUAUUGAAUUUCGAUAGAUAUCGUUACAUAGUGUUGAUCACAGUUGGCGAAUUUCUCAUGCAGGGCCUCUACUCGAUGGCAAACUUUUUAUGGGAUGCCGAAAAGGAUGGUUAUGUCAACUACACGAUUGAGACGCCCACGUUUUUUGCAGUAUGCACAGUAUUUUAUAUAUAUUAUGAUUGAGGAAUGGGGCAAAACAAGAAGUAUGCAUUAAACUCACUUAUAUAUUCAAUUUACAUAAAAUAUAUGUUGGUUUCGAAGCUCGUGCAAAAUAUAAAAAUA